CUUUCAGCAACAUGGCAGAAACUAAACUGUUGUCAGUUCGUCUGCCGUGCAAAUCUGUAUUUGGAUGUGGUUGUAUGCUGUUUGUUGCAGCCUGUCUAUCAAUAUUUCAAGGCUGCGAAGGUGGUAUUUUGAAUAAACGAGACUUGUGGAAAGCUGGCUGGGAAGAGUGGCGGAGUGGAGGAAAGGACCGGCGGGAGGGGGUGGAGGGGCUGCUGAUGGGGGUGCGCGCCAACCUCAACAGGGAUGACAGUGACAGUGACGGCGACCAGCGUGCAAAGCAACACCUGCUCACUCAAUCUUACAAUGGUGGGAAGAUGGGAGAGGGUGUGGAGCGGGGGAGUGGCUCAGCACUGCAACUGCAACGAUCUUGGCUGCAGGCAACUGAUGAAGGCGAAGGCGGCAAGUGGCAGCUCUUGCUCUUCGCUCUCGUCGGUGGAUUAGGCCUUUCUGUUCUGAUUCUUGUCUGGCUGAAGAAUCAGAUGUCCCAAAAUUCGCAGUCGUCGAGUACGGAGAAGGAGGAGUUGGUGGGGGGUGGGGGUGGAGGAAAUGGGGGAGGGGGAAGUGGUGAUGAGGGUGCAGGGGGAGGUGGUGGUGCAGGGGGGAGUGGGGGCCAGUGGAUUUGCCACCCGGUCAUUCGACCCAUGACCACCGAGUCUCUACCCUCCACCUCAUCUACUGCUGUCAAGAGACAGUUGUCUAUAGGAUGUCGUGGCAUUCUGCCAGAGGUGAUGACGGGGCGUCACGCGGAGGGGGAGCCGAUUCGGAUCAGAGCGAAAGGCCUGCUGGAGAGGAGGGGUUCGAGUGCCAGCCUCACCAUCGACCUGCUCCAUCCCAGUCAGGAGAACCUCACUGUCACCCCCACCAGAGAAUGCACGGCCGAAGAGUAUUUGUUGUCAGUUGGCAAUGUUCUGAGUCGAAAACAGUUACGAGCUUGCUUGAAGGAUGUUCGAUCUCUGCAUCGUGAAUUUUGGGACUUGCCACUGAAUCAUCCAGAGAAGUUGACUGUUCCAGGAAGCGGCUCGAAAAAUAGAUACCGGACAAUCAUUCCGAAUGAAGCCACAAGAGUUCAGUUGCCGGAUACCUCUUCGUCUGGCACUGACUCCUUAACUGGUUACAUUAAUGCCAACUAUAUCAAAGGCUACGACGGCGAGGAGAAGGCGUUCAUCGCGACGCAGGGUCCGCUGCCCCACACAGUGGCCGACCUGUGGCAGAUGGUGUGGCAGGAGCGAGCGCCAGUCAUCGUCAUGUUCACGCGGCUCUGGGAGAAGUCACGUGCCAAGUGCGAGCCCUACUUCCCCACUGAGCUGCACUCCUCAGCCACGCACUCUGGCAUCACCAUCACUGUUGCCUCUAUCAACGUCAAGGACGGAUACACUGUGCGUCGCUUCGAUCUCACCAAAGGCGAAGAGUGUCGGCACACAAUUCACUUUUGGUUCGACUCGUGGCCCGACCACAAGACACCGGCCAACGCGCACUCGCUGCUCUGCUUGGCCAAGGAGGUGGAGAUAGCACGCUUCCUGCCCACGCUGCAACGCAGGCUCAGCACUAACGCAUCCGCCACCCCCGCCUCCGCCUCCACCCCCGGCCCAUCCCACUUCCUGUCGCCGCGCUCGCCCGACGUCAGUCCCAGUCCGCCCUCGCUCAAGGAGAUCAGUCCCGUUCUCAACUUUGGCCGUCUCGAAUUCAAGGACGACGCCGACACCGAAGCCGACGCUGUCAUCGCGGUCGAACAGGAAGAGCGCACCAGUCCUCAGCCGACACCUGACGACAUCUCCAGCCUCAUCACACUCAUGGAGAAGCAGACCGGCAGCACGAAGGACGACGCCUCCGACGCCAGUCCACGUGCCAUUGAAAUCAACCAGCAGCGCCAGUUCAACAGUGACGAGGGGGACAAGGUACGACCCAUCAAGUUCGGAUCACUGCCGCACGACAACCCCAAGUAUGCCGACAUCGACCCCGAAAACGCGCGCUCCAAGUCAGUCGAGAAUCCUCCCACCUGGAUCGAACCUUCCAAGGAUUUCAAUUUGUCUGCUGUCCAAAAAGACACGUUCGAGAAUAUUCCCACUGACAUAUUCAGCUUUGGCAAUCUGGACACGUUUACUUCAGAGCCGUCUCCAUCACCUUAUGAGAAACAGUUAUCUGCCAAAAGUAAUGAGACGACGACAGCGACAAGCCGGUUCCGGCUGCCGAGCGCGAGCGAGAGUGUGGCGGGAGAGGUGGCGGCGGCGGUGGCGGGGCACCGACUGUCGGUGGACAGUCCAGGGUACGGCGGGGUGGGGGCGGCGGACUCUUCGUUCGGCAGUCCGGCAUUCGGGGAGGUGGCGCCGUGGCUGCGCGCCUGGAGUCCCGGCCCGGGUCCGUUGCCCGGCAGUCCGCGCAGUCCGUCCUGGUCGGGCGUGCAGUGGGGCAGUGACGUGCCGAGGGGUCCCGCGCCGGCCGCCGGUCCGGUCGUGGUGCACUGCAGCGCCGGAAUCGGCCGCACCGGCUGCUUCAUCGCCAUCUCCAUCGGCAUCAACCAGCUGCUCGGCGAGAACAAUGUCGAUGUGCUCGGCAUUGUCUGCCGCAUGCGAUAUGACAGUCAAGAAAUAUUGCAUGACAAAAUUGGUUCUGGAAUUCCCUCAUGCGCCCUAACUUCGCCCUCCAAGGAUUUCAAUUUGUCUGCUGUCCAAAAAGACACGUUCGAGAAUAUUCCCACUGACAUAUUCAGCUUUGGCAAUCUGGACACGUUUACUUCAGAGCCGUCUCCAUCACCUUAUGAGAAACAGUUAUCUGCCAAAAGUAAUGAGACGACGACAGCGACAAGCCGGUUCCGGCUGCCGAGCGCGAGCGAGAGUGUGGCGGGAGAGGUGGCGGCGGCGGUGGCGGGGCAUCGACUGUCGGUGGACAGUCCAGGGUACGGCGGGGUGGGGGCGGCGGACUCUUCGUUCGGCAGUCCGGCAUUCGGGGAGGUGGCGCCGUGGCUGCGCGCCUGGAGUCCCGGCCCGGGUCCGUUGCCCGGCAGUCCGCGCAGUCCGUCCUGGUCGGGCGUGCAGUGGGGCAGUGACGUGCCGAGGGGUCCCGCGCCGGCCGCCGGUCCGGUCGUGGUGCACUGCAGCGCCGGCAUCGGCCGCACCGGCUGCUUCAUCGCCAUCUCCAUCGGCAUCAACCAGCUGCUCGGCGAGAACAAUGUCGAUGUGCUCGGCAUUGUCUGCCGCAUGCGAUAUGACAGGUAGCCGUCUAUGUCCGUACAAGUCAAUAUGACA